AAGCAAGGACAAGUACAAUGAACACACCCGAGUUUCCGAAUCAAACUUUGUGUUGCCAAGAGUUACCUAAUUUCGUAACUUAUAAGAGUUCAGAAGGAGGCGGUAAACCCGUCAAUUGUCACCUCUUGAACCACCAGGAAUGCAGACGGACUAUUCAGCUGACGAUAUCGCAGCGGCGACGAGUUUGCAGUUCUUCACGUUCAUUUACGUUUCGAUAACUACAUUCUGGACUUAUGAUUAUGUUUGUUCGCUUCACGAAGAGUGGAGAUUCCUGCUUGACUCCCACUGGACCAAGGUGAAAGGCCUUUAUAUCGUUACGCGAUAUCUCCCCUUUCUCCUCCUCGCCACAAAUAUGUAUUUGAGUUUUAUCCCGAAUGAAACCCCAAGUAAAUGUCGGGUAUUGGACAAUAUUUGUUCAGGUUUCGGCAUACUGUCAGCAGUUUGCUCCGAGGGCUUUUUCGUCCUCAGAACAUGCGCGCUCUGGAACAACAAUAGAAUUUUGCUCGCAGCCGUGCUGGUUUCCGUUCUCACUUGCGUCGGAGUAUCUAUUGGUAUUACCUUCACCACUACUGCUCCCGCAACAUAUGCAAUCAGUGCAAUUCCGGGCAUUACAGGGUGCUACCAGAGCUCGACUAGUCUCCGGAUCUUCAUACCGUUUCUUCUCCUUUCUGCAUUUGAACUUGGGCUCAUGACCCUAACGCUCAUACGCGCCAUACAGCACUGGCGGACAACCCCAAGCCGUCUGUACGUUGUCCUGGUGAAACAUAAUAUAUUCUAUUAUACAUGUGGUUUUUUGUUCUCAGUAGCGAACAUAUUCACAUCACUGCUCCUUCAUUACUCCUACCACGCCAUAUUGCACGAUUUCCAGUUCAUGAUCCUUGCGAUUCUCGCCACGCGCAUGCACCGCCAUCUCUGGCAGAUGAAGCGACAGACACACGGUUCUGACGCCCUCAUGCAAGUUCCUAUGUCCGAUAUGUCACCUGCUGAGUGUACGGCGUGACACCUUACUUGGUGGCUUACUCGCGUCGUUCGUCGAGCGAGGUGUGUAUUGUACGACAUUACUGGUAGGUUUGGUAGAGUUCGCCAGUUGCUUAAUUUGUGGGACUACUUUUUGGGUAGUGAAAAGCGUUGGGUUAUAUUUAACCAUGGCGGAUAAUAAAACAAGUAACGCCCCACUGACAGACAGGGUACAAGUGGCUAGGUCAAGAUAUGGUGACCAACGUAGAAAGUCGGAAAGUAUCACGCUAAGAAGGGGUAUUAACACCCAAUAAGAAGAGGACGUCUUUGCCAUGAUCUCCUUCAUCUUGUACCCUUUUAAGGCAGCAUGGAAUUUGACAUACCCAUCGAAAAAACUGACAUAGGCAUCAUAGGCCUCGGUACGAUCCGGUUAGGGUCUUUGAUGGUCUGGAAAUAUUGAUAAUGUCAGGC